AUGUCUGCCACUCCCAGAGCGGAAGUCGUGAACCUUCUGCUAGAGACUGGCUCUGAUCCCAGUGCCACAGACAACGAAGGUAACACACCUCUCCACGCAAUUGCCAAGAACGAAGAGUGUCCCAAAGGUAUAGUAGACGCCCUCUUGUCAAGAGGGGCUCACUUAGAUGCUAGGAAUGGUCAGGGCCAAACGUUCGCAUCCUUGAGAGCUGACCAAGGGCAGCCAGUUUCUCAGUUAGUAAAUGUUGUUCGUCACACCUCUUUGCAGUGCCUGGCUGCAGCGUGUAUUAAGAGUCUGCCAUACGGAUGGUCCAAGGCGUCUUGCAUCGAGAAUGGCGGGAUGGAAUGGGAAUCGUUAGUGAACGCAGCGGCAGUUCUUGGACAUGCAACCUGUGUCAGGAUCCUCGUCGAUUACCACAACGCAAAUAUUGAGGGGUUGGGGUUAGGCCACCUGGAGAUCGUGGACUUUCUCCUUUCCAAAGGAGCCAAUGCAAAUGGCGUCACGACCUUCAACAGCACGCCCUUGGCAGCAGCGUGUUCCCACGGACACUUCGAAGUUGCCAGACUUCUCCUGGAACACGGAGCUUACACUGACGCUGCCGAUCACCACGCGGACACCUGUCUGAUGCUCGCCUCCUGCAGUGGUCAUCUUGAUAUUGUGAAGUACCUUUUGAAUAUCGGAGUCGAUGUGAACAGAAGAAAUAUAUACGGGAAAAGCGCUUUGUACGGCAGUGUAGAAUCAGGAAAUCUGGAAGUAAUGAAAGCACUGCUGUCUUACAAUGCUAUUUUGGAGGCCGAUUACUCUGGCACAACACCUUUAAUGGCAGCGAGCUCUCGUGGUCAUGCAAAUAUCGUUGAAUAUCUCGUUUCCAGAACAGAUGUUUCUAGGAUGGAGAAGAUCGAAGCACUGGAGCUUCUUGGAGCCUCAGUUUUAGACAAAAUAAGAGAUGCAGUCGGUGCUGUCGAGUACUGGAAGUCAGCGCUGAGUCUGAGGUACGUCGAUGGAGCGCUGAUGUACCCAAAACCUGACCACCACCUGUCAUGUCCUUUAUGUGACGAAUUCGGCGAAUUCACGACCGUCCAACAACUGGAGGAUAUAGAAAACAACAACAAUGCAGUGUACGUACAGUCUCUGCUUGUGAGGGAAAGGAUCCUGGGUACUGAUGAUGCUGGAACAAUGAGAAGUUUCCGGUCGACCGGACUUGAUUAUGCAAGAUGUGGCGAUUUGAAAUUGUGCAUCAGUUUAUGGCUUCACGCCAUCAGUAUGCAACAGCUUCAACUCAAGCCACUAGACCCAAGCAGACUGUUUCACCUGCAGUCGUUUACAGAAUUCUGGGCCAGUCAGUGGUGCGAGGUGAAAAUAGCAGUGAGUAGGUUGGUGAAUAUGGAUCCAAGGGACUCCACAGGUUCGACUCUCCUCCACCUGGCAUGUUCUCUGGGUGUCAGGGACAUUGGAAACUUGCUGCUGCCAAUCUCUGCUUCUCUCAGAACAGAGAUCGUAGACCUUCUCCUGGAAACUGGUUCAGAUCCUUGCGCCAAAGACCAUGCGGGUAACACACCCUUGCAUACACUUGCCUGGAAUGAAGACGUUUCAGAGAGCACAGUAGGUGCUCUUCUGUCUGCUGGAGCUAACUUGGACGAUGUAAAUAGCAGAGGUGAAACUUUUGGAUCGUUGAUGGCUUCCCGGGAACAGCCACUUGGUCAAUUUGUAGAUACUGCAAGUCAUAUUUCUGUGCAGUGCCUGGUUGCUGAAUGA